AUGGGGUGGAAAUGAACAUUCCCCAUAAUAUGGAAGCUUCCCGUUAUAUCUUUCCGGAGUACUAUCCGCACGAUGUCAAUGAUAGCACAUCCUCAACGACAUGUGUUGACAGGAAUCCGAGCUAUGCGACUGUUGGUAUCACACGAAGUUUAGAAG